CUUUCCAUGGCUUCUCAGACAUUAGAACAAAUACGUUGUGAGCAACCAGCCACGGCAGACAAAACUCCAAAAGCUACUCAAACGACGUCGAUUGAGGAAGUCGUGGAACGCGCUCAGUGGCUCCGAGCUGCCGUUCUCGGAGCCAACGAUGGGUUGCUCUCAACAACCUCUCUACUGCUCGGUGUUGGCGCGGCGAAGGAUGACCGUUGGUCCAUGGCUCUGGCCGGACUCGCUGGGGCUUUCGCAGGGGCUUGUAGCAUGGCUGUAGGUGAGUUCGUCUCCGUUUCGACUCAACGAGACAUUGAGGAGAAGCUACUUCUCGAAAACAAGCCCACAUUUCCGGAGAAUUCUAAAUCAUCUUCUCCGGGAAAGACACCAGUGGUUACAGAAGAAAUAGCUCUGCCGGUUGUGUUGCCGAAUCCGCACAAGGCAGCAGCAGCGUCAGCUCUGGCGUUUUUGAGUGGAUCGGUUGUUCCGUUGAUACCGGCUGCGUUGGUUGCCGACCAUGCCACGAGCGUUAUGGUGAUUGUGGCGGUGGCCACUUUGGCGCUCGCCGUGUUUGGUUGGGCUAGCGCCCAGUUUGGUGGGUCGUCACGGCCUAAGGUGUCGGCGGUGAGAGUUGUGGUUGGAGGGUGGCUGGCCAUGGCUGUCACUUAUGCUUUGCUUAAGCCUUUUGAUAGAGACCAUGGCAACAAGUAUUGA